AUGGAGCGCGAGCCGGCAGCGGCCGAGGGGCCCCCCGAGAAGGCGCGGCGGCGGCGGCGGCGGCGGCGGUGCCGCGAGGGCCGGACGCGCGUGGUGCGUUCCAAUCUGCUGCCGCCCAGCGCCGAGGAGCCUGCGGCGGGCGCGGCCAAGGGCUCCCGGCACCUGGCUGACAACCGGCUCAAGACCACCAAGUACACGCUCCUGUCCUUCCUACCCAAGAACCUGUUCGAGCAGUUCCACCGCCUGGCCAACGUGUACUUCGUCUUCAUUGCGCUGCUCAACUUCGUGCCGGCGGUGAACGCCUUCCAGCCGGGCCUGGCGCUCGCGCCCGUCCUCUUCAUCUUAGCAGUCACAGCUUUUAAAGACUUGUGGGAGGACUACAGCCGCCACCGCUCGGACCACGAGAUCAACCACCUGGGAUGCCUUGUCUACAGCAGGGAAGAGAAGAGGUACGUGAACCGAUACUGGAAGGAGCUCCACGUGGGGGACUUUGUGCGCCUGCGCUGCAAUGAGAUCAUCCCCGCAGAUGUCCUCCUGCUCUCCUCCAGUGACCCCGAUGGGCUGUGCCACAUCGAGACUGCCAACCUGGAUGGGGAAACCAACCUGAAGCGGCGCCAGGUGGUGCGUGGCUUCUCUGAGCUCGUCUCUGAAUUCAAUCCCUUGAAGUUCACCAGCGUAAUCGAGUGUGAGAAGCCAAAUAACGACCUGACUAGGUUUCGUGGUUGCAUCAUCCAUGAAAAUGGGAAGAAGGCUGGACUUUAUAAGGAAAACCUGUUGCUGCGAGGAUGCACCAUCAGAAACACUGAGGCAGUUGUUGGCAUAGUCAUCUAUGCAGGACACGAAACCAAGGCUCUGCUCAACAACAAUGGGCCCCGGUACAAGCGUAGCCAGCUGGAGCGGCAGAUGAACUGCAACGUCCUCUGGUGUGUCCUCAUCCUCGUUUGCAUGUCUCUGUUCUCGGCUAUCGGACACGGACUUUGGGUGUUGCGGUAUCAAGAGAAGAAAUCCUUAUUUGAUGUCCCUGAGUCUGAUGGCACCUCUCUGUCCCCAGUCACAGCUGCAGUUUACUCAUUUUUGACAAUGAUCAUAGUUCUGCAGGUUUUGAUUCCAAUUUCCUUGUACGUUUCCAUUGAAAUUGUCAAAGUGUGCCAAGUGUACUUUAUUAACCAGGAUGUAGAGCUGUAUGACGAAGAGACAGACUCGCAGCUGCAGUGUCGAGCCCUGAACAUCACAGAAGACUUAGGGCAGAUACAGUAUAUUUUCUCAGAUAAAACGGGCACAUUAACUGAGAAUAAGAUGGUUUUCCGAAGAUGCACUGUGUCUGGAAUAGAAUAUUCUCAUGAUGCAAACGCCCGGCGCCUGGCCAUGUACCAGGAGGCAGACUCAGAGGAGGAGGAGGUGGCACCCCGGGGCACCUCACUGUCCCCGAGAGGGAGCAUCGGGAGCCACCAGAGCAUCCGGGUUACACACAAGAGCCAGAGCACCAGGUCACACCGGCGCAUGGGCAGCUGGGCUGAGGCCAAGAGGGCUAGCGUGCUGUCCAGACAUACGGCCUUCAGCAGCCCCAUGGAGAAAGACAUCACACCUGACCCCAAGCUCUUUGAGAAGGUGAGUGAGUGUGCCCGGUACCUGGCCGCCACACAGCACCAGGAGCACCCGCUGGCCCACCUUUCGCCCGAGCUCUCCGACGUGUUUGACUUCUUCAUUGCCCUCACCAUCUGCAACACAGUGGUCGUCACAUCCCCUGAUCAGCCGCGACAGAAGGUGAGGGUGCGGUUCGAGCUCAAGUCCCCGGUGAAGACCAUCGAGGACUUCCUCCGCAGGUUCACACCCAGCCGCCUAGCCUUGGGCUGCAGCAGCAUCGGGAGCCUGGCCACCAGCAGGUCAUCCCACAAGUCAGGCUCCAGCUUCCUGUCCUCCCUGUCCAACGAUAGCACGCUGCUCCAGCUGGAGGAGCAGCUGGGCCCGCACGGGCCAGCUGUCACUGACAAUGGUUUCCACGGCCAGGCAGCAGCGGGCUGGGCGCUCAGCGGCCGGGAGGAACACGAGCUGCGCUAUGAGGCAGAGAGCCCUGACGAAGCUGCGCUGGUGUACGCGGCGCGCGCCUACAACUGCGCGCUUGUGGACCGCCUGCAUGACCAGGUGUCAGUGGAGCUGCCUCACCUGGGCAGGCUCACCUUUGAACUGCUGCACACGCUAGGCUUCGACUCCAUCCGCAAGAGGAUGUCGGUGGUCAUUCGGCAUCCUCUCACAGACGAGAUCUAUGUCUACACCAAGGGUGCUGACUCUGCGGUCAUGGACCUCCUGCAGCCGUGCACCACAGAUGAUGCCAGAGGAAGACAUCAGAAGAAAAUCCAAAGCAGAACUCAGAAUUACCUCAACCUGUAUGCAGUGGAGGGCCUGCGAACACUGUGCAUUGCCAGGAGGGUCCUGAGUAAGGAGGAGUAUGCCUGCUGGUUACAAAGGCACAUGGAAGCAGAGUCCGCCUUGGACAACAGAGAGGAGCUCCUCUUCCAGUCAGCUCUCCGUCUGGAGACUAACCUGCACCUUCUGGGUGCCACUGGGAUCGAAGACCGCUUGCAAGAUGGAGUCCCUGAAACCAUUGCAAAAUUGCGCCAAGCCGGCCUGCAGAUUUGGGUCCUCACCGGCGACAAGCAGGAGACAGCUGUCAACAUUGCUUAUGCCUGCAAACUGCUGGACCAGGACGAGGAGGUCAUCACAUUCAACGCCGAGUCUCAGGAAGCAUGUGCAGCCCUGCUGGACCAGUGCCUCCACUACGUGCAGUCCAAGGGCCCUGGCAGCACCAAGGAGAAGACCUCGGGGAACAUCAGAGUGGCCUUCUCCCCACUCUGCCCGCCCUCCACGUCCAUGGCCUCUGGCCCCAGCCCGAGCCUUGUGAUAGACGGGAGGAGUUUGGCCUACGCCCUGGAGAAGAGCCUGGAAGACAAGUUUCUCUUUCUGGCCAAGCAGUGUCGGUCAGUCCUGUGCUGCCGCUCAACACCGCUGCAGAAGAGCAUGGUGGUGAAGCUGGUCAGGAGCAAGCUCAAGGCCAUGACCCUGGCUAUAGGAGAUGGAGCCAAUGAUGUCAGCAUGCUCCAGGUGGCAGAUGUGGGCGUGGGCAUUUCUGGCCAGGAAGGCAUGCAGGCGGUGAUGGCCAGUGACUUUGCAGUGCCAAGAUUCCGAUACCUGGAGAGACUCUUGAUUGUCCAUGGACAUUGGUGCUAUUCUCGACUUGCCAACAUGGUGCUGUACUUCUUCUACAAGAACACGAUGUUCGUGGGCCUCCUGUUUUGGUUUCAGUUUUACUGUGGCUUCUCUGCAUCUGCCAUGAUCGACCAGUGGUAUCUCAUCUUCUUUAACCUGCUCUUCUCCUCACUCCCCCAGCUUGUGACUGGGGUGCUUGACAAGGAUGUGCCAGCCGAUGUGCUGCUGGCCCGGCCACAGCUCUACCGGAGUGGCCAGAAUAGAGAGGAAUACCGGCCACGUGCUUUCUGGACAAACAUGGCCGAUGCUGCCUUUCAGAGCCUGGUUUGCUUUUUCAUUCCUUACCUGGCGUACUACGACUCGGACGUAGAUAUGUUUACCUGGGGCACCCCCAUUACGGCCAUUGCGCUGCUCACCUUCCUGCUGCACCUGGGCAUCGAAACCAAAACCUGGACCUGGCUCAACUGGAUAGCUUGUGGCUUCAGUAUCCUUUUAUUUUUCAUUGUGGCUUUGAUUUACAAUGCUUCUUGUGCAACGUGUUAUCCUCCGUCUAACCCCUAUUGGACUAUGCAAACAUUAAUGGGCGACCCCGUGUUUUACUUGACUUGUAUCAUAGCACCCGUGGCUGCACUGCUGCCCAGAUUGUUUUUCAAAACCCUCCAGGGAACCCUUUUCCCCACCCAACUCCAGCUGGGACGCCAGUUGGCCAAGAGGUCCCCCAAGAAACCCAGCAUUCCCAAAGACAUCUUUGCUCAGGGACAGCUCCCAAGAGAACAGAGGAGCAGCAGCAGCUCUGAAGCCCCCUCCCAGGAUGGCACCUCCCAAACCUCAAUCUCCCCGGAGAAGGCAGCAGUGAGCAGAGAACACAGUGUGGUGCCCUUAAGCAUGCUGCCCACAAGGACACCUUCCCAGGAGGACAGCCUGCUGAAGGGACUUUGCAACCAGGCCCUGGGGCCCUUCAUGCCAGAGGAGGCUGCUCAGGAAGGGCAUCCCCAGGACUCUGAGACAAAACACAGCAGUGCAAGUGGGGCAGCCUCCCUACCCCCCAUCUUCAACCUUCCCAACCUCAGCUCGCUCAACUGGAUUUCCUCCCUGUCUCUGGUCAGCGGGCUGGGAAGUGUAUUGCAAUUCUCUCAAAGUAGUUUACAGGUGGAUAAGCAGGAUGAUGAGUUUCUGCCCAGCCCCCCUCAGCCCACUUGUGAGCUGCACACUCUAAGGGGACAGACAGCCAAAUCUUUCUAGAAAACCUUCAUGUGACCUUUUUAUGUCAGUCAUUAAUAUUAUUUAUGUUUAUUAUUUGCACAGAAGAAUUCUAGUGAAAUGUAUUUUAAAUGUUUCCAAGGCUAAAACGGAAAACAAGAGGUACCAAAGAGAGAAAGUUUAUUUUUUAAAGUUUUAAGUAGAGUAUAUUGAGAAGAAAAAUAAGAGCUUUAAUGUACAUAAAAAUUUAAAGAAGAGUGACAUGUGAAAAUAGUGUUUAAAUUUAUUUUUUCAUUUCAUUUUAUAAGAAAAUGCAGUUUGAUUUUUUUCUUCAAAAAGAGUGACCUUUGUUUUUACUAAAGUGUGAAUGUGUGACUGAGUAUCAGGAAGUCUGGGCGUGUGUGGCCAGCCAGGAGGAGAGAGGACAUGAGUGGGGAGCACGCAAGUGGCAGACUUCACCUCGUCUUCUGAGCGAACAGUGUGAGAAGGCUGUUUCUCUACCUUCAGCCAGAAAAGGGAUGUGCCACCUCAAGAAAAAUACAUGUGCAUUCUAAGUCUCCAUUCUCUGCAGGCAUUUCAUAAGGGUCGCCUUUUCAUUAUUACAGCCCCUGUGUAGUAUUUGCCUGUUAAAACUAUAACAAGCAAUAAACAACUUUCAUUUUGCAAAGAGUGUGUCUGGCAGACACUGUUAUACAAAAUUAUUAGUUUAUGACCUAACGGCAUGUUAUGGCUAAUGCAGGAUAUGUCCCUAUGUGAGUGUUUUUACACUAUGAAAAACGUAGCUUAGCAAAGUACAAGCUGCGUCACAGCAGAGCACAUGUAUUACAAAUCAGACCUGGCACCAAGUCAUCUGCCCCAACCAGACCAUCCCACCAAACAUUCAGUCUCAUUAUAAGUGUGUAUCUUCAGGCAUCUAGUAUGAUUAGCCAUUACUUCUGCCCCUUAAAGAAGAGAAGAAAGGGGAAAAAUGAUUAAAAUCCAAGACAGUCUAGCAUUUUCUCUUCAGAGCUCUCUCUUUCCAGUUUGUCAAACAGUGAUCCCUUGCCCACUGUGCCAGACACGGAGCAUACAGAGUCAGCAGGGUGAGCUGCCUACAGCACGAGUAUACAAGGUCUGAGACUGCCUGUCCUGAGAACAGCAAUGGAAACGGAGAAAGAACCUGACAACUAAGAAAACCCUGUGCAUACCUGCCAGGGAAGAAUGGCCAGGUAUCCAGGGCAUGGUUUUACUGCAAGUACCUGAUCCCAAUCAGACAAACAGGGCAGGUGUAAGCUCGAUGACUGUAAGAGAUUGGUAGGCCUCAGGGUGGCUGGACUCAGCAACUCAGGGCUUUUCUCCCAUCUCCCUUCCCCAGCUCCUAGUCACUGUGUCAUAGGGCUGGCUCUGAUCUCAGUGACACAAUGCAUACAUCCACACCAGCCCAUCUAGGAGAGUGGGUGUCUUUCCAAAUUCCAAGCAGGGUCCUGAUUUCCUUCGCUUCACCCUGUAUAGGUUACAGGACAGUUUAGAGCCAGGCACUGGCAAGUCAAGGGGAAGGCUCAGACUUGGGCUCUAACUGGACCUGGGAGGAACUCUAAGGACUAGCUGUGUUUUCUGAGAGAUGAGAGAGAGGAGGGGACAUGGCUUCAGCAUCUAACACUGCCCACCCCAAAGGUGAUAGCAGUCCCAACCCUGCUGCAUUCCCAUGACUGAAACACCAAGCGGGGCCCCUCAUCUAUUCUUGUAUGUACCUGUAAGAAGAGGAUUUCCUUUGGAAGGCAUACAACUGUACUGUUUCCUAAAUUAAGGUAAUGGUUGUCAUCCCAAAGUAAAAGAACUAUAAGCAUGUUUACCUGAGUAUCUAAGAGUUCAAAGUGUGCCAGCUUCUAGAUUUUCUAGUUCCUGCACUCCCAGCCUGCCCACCAUCUUUCCAAAUACCAUCUUCCUCUACAGAUCUACUUCCUCUUGAAAACGGGAAUGAUCCAGAAAGUGGCUUCUAGAAUAUGGUCAGUUCAGAGAAAUAAAAAUCAUAAAGGGCAUUGGCAAUUAUCUGGUCUUUAGGAUGAAGAAUAUCCUACAAUAAUAAUCCACCAUAAACAACUAAGUGAUCUCAAAAGGAACAUAUUUAGGAAUAAACUUCUCUGAUUAUUUUUUUAAAAAACUGGGUAAAACAUAUUUCCUAUUCCUAAUAACAACUGUAAAAUAAAUAGGAAUAGAGGAUUAGUUAUUUGUCAUUGUAAAGCAUGUUUAUUUCAAAGCUGAAACCAAUUAAUUCUCAGUUCUUGGAGGUUGGAUAGUGUGUUUCUUCACCCUGUAUCCUAAACACUUAGCACAGAAGCACUUAGAAUGUUUCAAUAUAUAGUUGAUAAAUCUAAGAAUAAAUGUUAAUAGUGAAACAUUAAAGACAUUAUUGUUACCAAUCAGUAGAAGAAAAUUUCUUGUUAUAACCUAUUAUUAUUUAAUAUUUUUUUCUGGAAUUUCUGGAUAAUGCAAUAAGACAUAAAUGUUUAAAAAGAAUGAGUAUUGGAAUAUUAGAGACCAAAUUAUUACUUACAUGUGAUAUGAUUGUAUACCUGAGAACCCAAAUUAAAAAAUUAAAAAGCUCUUAGAACUAAUAAGAGGAUUCAAUAAAUUGACUGACUUAUUGUGGUAGGGGAAAAGGACCCCAGACUCAAAUUCAAUCAAAAGAGAGUUUCAUUAAGCCAACACAAAAUCAUUCGAGUGAGGGCACCAUCAGUGUGCACUGCGCACAAAGACCAACCGAUCCACUGAAUCACAGUCGGAGCAGCUAAUAUACACUAUCACAGAAGAAAUAAGUUAGGAAAAAUUCUGAUUGGUUAUUUAUUGAUAUGUCACUGUCAAAGAUGAAUAACAAAAGUGGGAUCAUUAUAAUGAGUGGUUUAAAGAGCUUUUGUUGUCUAGUUACAACCUAGUGAUCUGUGCUUUGUUGGCUAGUUACUGCUUAGUAACCAUAGGGAACUUACAAGGGGGGUUUACAGGACGUUUGCCAGGCAUUCAAUUCUGGAGAUGUUGAGGUUGCAUAAGGCUCCUCGGGAACAAACUGACAACAUCACUCUUGGCUUGGUUACAAAGAAAACAUUUCCGUGGAAACCAGACAACAGGCAGAAUUGCCCUAAGCAGUUCAGAUUUCUGUUUCUAUAGGUUUUCCACACAAUGUGGGUUCCAGGCCUGGACCCCCACUUAGUUUCUUUUAUGCUGGCCAAGCAUUUCAUAUAGUUUCAGAGUCUCCAUAUCACUAUGAAGAAAACAGACUAUAGCUUUCUACAGAGCAGUAAUAACCACUAACG